UGUAUGUGAUAAAAGCGGGGUAUUGACGCCGUAUUUGACAAAAUGGUGCCGGUUUUUAAAUGUUUGGAUUACGUUGGUUAUGGUAGCACUGAUAGUGGCAUUGUGUCUACUUAUACCGUUGAACGUUCAGCGAUUCUACAUGUAUUUUCCUCGUACGGUUGAAUACGGUUAUUGGCGACAGACGCAUUUUGGUUUUAUCCGUUCAAAUAUGUUGGGCGGGAACUUAAUUUAUUUAGCAGGAAUUUUAAUUGUCGCGGGAGGAGAGCUUUUAUCGCAAGGUUUAUUUGUUGUUAUUCUUCUGGCUGUAAUAAAUCGCUACAGGGAUAUAACCGAAAGUGUACGACUGGUUUUUGCUACCAAUACAAAGAACGCAUUAAUUGCCGCGCGUAUUCGCUGUCUAAGCAAGGAACACUGGCAGUUACAGGAUCUUACGGACCGCGUGAAUUGUUUGUUUUCUUUUUGAAUAUUAUCUGGUUAAUGAGGGACAUUACCGGUGGACUGACGUUGUGCUCCAUUGUACUGCAACGCGACGACAAUCCCCAGACAUUGACGCACGAAGAAAAGGAAAUGCGGGUUGCUGCCGAUAUAGCCAAUCAAGGCGCAACACCGGCACUGCUGGUCAUCGCGUUAAGUGGUUUGGUAAACGCCGGGAUGCGGUUCUAUGUUUGUAUAUGGCUGACGGCGCAGGCAAAACAGGUCACUUCUCAACUGGAAAAACGCGUUUUGAUUAAAGAUGUAUUCGCCGUGGACGAUGUCUAUUUCGAAUGUCAGGAUUUUCUGGAAAGAGUUACUACCGAUCUGGUGCAGAUAUCUCCUUUUGGCUGUUUCACCAUUACACAUGAAUUCAUUAUCUCGAUAAUUGGAGUAUUGAUGGCUCACUUUUGAUUAUCUAUCAAAUGGAGGACCAGAAGGUGGAUAUGAGCUACUUGUUGAGCUACGAAGAUGCUGAAGCGUGGUUUAAGAAUUUGCACAGUUUUGUGAGAAACGCCACUGUCUGGAACCAAACAGCAAGAAGUGGUACAUAGAUUCUGUUGCUAAGAAGGCCGA